GGAGCUCCUGGGGCGGGGGGUGGGAGUAGGAAGGAGACAGGGUGUGAGGAACCUGCUGAUUUUCUGAGUGGGCCCAUUGGUGAUGGGGACGGGAGAUGGGCCUUUCCCCCAUUUCUCAAACAGGAUACAACCCCUGCAGCAGGGCUGGGAACAUUUUCCAGGCUCCCAGUGCUGGAGUGAGACCCCACUAACCUGAGGCUGCUGUGAAAUACGCAGGGAAGCUGUUGGGAUUCCUGUCCUCGUCCCUGGCUCAGAGCUCUGCUUCCCGUAUCAGCCUGUGUCUGGAAGGAGUGUGGGAAAUGAGAAGACCCUGCCCUGCUCCGUGUGCUGCGGGGACAAGGAGCUCUCACCUUCUCCCACCCCCUGAAGCCUCUUGACUGCUCUGAGCAGGAUGUCGGUGACCUUCGAGGAGGUGGCUAUAUAUUUCACCCAGAAGCAGGGGGCUCUGCUGGACCCCACUCAGAGAGCCCUCUACAGGGACGUCAUGCAGGAGAACUACGAGAUGGUGACCUCGCUGGGAUUUCCCGUUCCCAAACCUGAGCUGAUUGUCCAGCUGGAACAAGGAGAAGAGCCUUGGCUGCCCGAUCUCCAGGCCUGCAAGGAAAGAAGGCUUCCGAGAUGCCUCCGUACAGAAGGCAAGAAUCCGCCUUGAAAGGCAACAGGGGCCAUGGAGUGGGGAGGACGACCAAGGCUGGAAGGAAAUCCAACCUGAGUGCUCAUAACUGUGAACUGCCUGCAACAGUGGGUGGGGUGGGAAAUCCUGUUUGCUUCGCAUUUUCCUUAGUUUGGUAAAAUUUAGGAUUUAAAAUGCAUGUUUUAAUUUUAUAGUUUUAACCUUUUCUGACCUUUUACAUCUUUCUCCCUCCUAAUCCCUGAUAAUCCCCUUGCUCCAGUUAGUAAAGUGGUUUUAGUGUUUUGUCUG